ACCAACUACCGUACGCCACCGACAACGGGCCAUCUCGCCAACGUCCCGAUGCGGUUUGCAUCGUUGCCGUACCUCCAGCGGUAUUCGAACAUCACAACCAAGCUCUCCAACCAUGCGCUUGUUGUGUCACCGAUCAAGGUCGAUCCAGCGUUGGCGCUGCACCUCUCGGUUGUCGAAGGCAACUUGGCGAUCGUCGAGCAAUGGCUUCGACACAAGCCAGCGCUCGUCACGUCAGCGACGCUCGAGCUCGCGGCGGCGUCGUCCCAAGGUCCGAUAUUGCGACAGCUUCUUGCGUGGUAUCCCGAGCUUGCGACGGCCAAGAUGAUGGACCUCGUGGCCAUGUCGGGCGACCUAGCACUGCUGCGUUGGCUGCAUGAGACCGGCGCGUCCUGCACCACCGACGCAUUGGACGGUGCGGCCAUGAACGGGCACUUGGAUGUCGUCAUCUUCCUGCACGAAGCGAGACAUGAAGGCUGUACGAUCGUCGCGCCCACGGCCGCCGUUGCCAACGGCCAUGCACCCAUCCUGCGCUACCUCCUUGAUCACUGCGUCGGACGGGUGGAGCCGUCACUCAUUUACCGUGCUCCACACGCCGAGAUCAAGACAAUGAGCGUCUGCGGCACAUCUCACCUUGAGGCCAUUGUCCUCGCAUCGGCCAAGUCGGUGCUUUCCGAGUUUGCGCUUCUGCCGGCGGUGCAUUCGCUGACUGCACUCGAGACGUUGCACGCAACGGGGUACUGGCCUGCCAUGACAACCAAGGUUCUCCACGCGGCCAUCGCCAGUCGUGACCCGGCCAUGACCCGCUUUGUCCUCGACCACACCACGCUCGAAGCUGCUCCGCCCCAGGACACCAUGUGGCCAACGACUGACGAGUGGAUCAUCUUCCCGGCCCUCGACACGGCUGCAACUAGUCACCCGGUACUGCACGACGACGGUGUCACGAUGGCUAUCGCUGCCUUCUACGGUGAUCUCGACACGAUGCAGCGCUUGCACGGAAGCCAUUUGGGUCAUGUGACGGUCCGGGCACUCGAGUAUGCGGCCUUGAAGGGCCACAUGCAUGUCCUCCACUGGCUGUCUCGGUUCCAAGACGGUGGUGUCGAGAGCGAUGCACUCGCGAUGGCGUGCGUGCACGGCCACGUCAACGCCGUGCGCUAUCUUCGCGAGGUGUGCCGCGCGCCAGUGACUCUGACAGCGCUGGCCACGGCUGCAUAUACGGGCCAUCGCCGCUUGGUCCAGUACCUCUUGGACCAUGGGCAUGUUGAAGACGAUGAAGACGACGCUAUAACGCUGGCUAUGUACGACACGCACGAAUGUAUCAACGACCACGUGCUCGGGUGUAUCCGGAGCACGUAUGUUGGAACGAGUCCGGUCGAUGCCGCGGCGAGCCAAGGCCACCUCGCGAUCCUUCGGCUGCUUAUCGAGCACGGCGUGGACAUGACGACAACGACGAUGGACGCGGCGGUCACGCAGGGGCAUGUCGACGUUGUUCGGUACCUCCACACGGCGCAUGGUCAAGGUGUCACCGUGCACCACCUCUGCACUGCGUUGCAAGCGCGCCGGUUGGACCUCGCAUCGUAUUUGCUGUCGCAACUGCAGAUACGAGCCGACGAUGACGACGACGUCCAGCGUGUCCUUGUGUACGCCGCCGGCAGCGGAAGUAUUCCGUUGCUCACGCAGCUGUGGGGUGUCGUUGCCGUUGACGCUCGCCCGCGCACGCAAGAGUUUAUGCUGAUACAUGCCGUACUACAGAAGCACGUGCCUAUGCUGAUGCACUUGUGCCAAAUCCACGGCUUGAAAUGGACGCCCAACGUCCACCACGUCGCGACGCUGCUCGGUCAAAAGAAGGUUCUCAAGUACUUACUGACGUUGGGGGCGGCCGCCGAGUCGGUGGUGAACUUCCCCAUGACCAUCGGAAUCAUCGGGUACGAGGCCAUACGCCUUUAGAUAUCUUGGCGAGAUAGUGGCAUUGUAUACUAACUGGUGCCCCAAGCUUGAUUUUAUACUGCGU